AAUUGAAAGACUUCGUUUGGAAAGAGGGAGAAGGAGAGAGAGAGAGACCCCCAGCCCACUCAGUCACGCCACAGAGCUUCGUCCCCAGCUCUGAGACUCUCGACCUGCGUGUGUGCGUGCCUCAACUCCAUCUCCAUCUCCUUCUUCAUCUCCAUCUCCUCCAUCGAAGCGCCUCUCUCUCUCUCUCUCUCCCCCUUAUCAUUCCAUUUCCAUAUGACGUAAACCUUAAAAAUCCCCAUAUCAAUCUCUCUCUUCUCUCUCUCUCUGCCCCUUUCUGUCUCCUGGCUUCCCAUCUACUAAUGGCAUCUCUCUCCUCUCUCUCCACCCCACCCUAGAUCUCGGCUCUCUCCCUGUUUCUCUCCGGGCAUUCCGCAUUUCCUCCACUCCCGGAUCUGCCCGAGCAGAUCAGUCACCCCUGCUACUCCAAGCCUUUCCUAUGAGCCGGAGCGGGAGGGACUACCUCCUCGGGGGCAGGAACUUCCCCCCGGGAUCGCUCAACCACCGACGCGGCCAUAGUUUGACUGCCCCAAGGGACGCCGACGAGAACCUGGAUCUCUUCUCCAGGAACCGCCGCAGCGUCUCCGUCGCCCCUUCCGAGGAGUCCUCCGAUGCUUCUACCCUGAAGCUGGGGAGACUGUCAGUUGGUUUGGCGAAAGUGGCUCGAAAUGGGCUCGAUGAUCUACUGUCAUCCACUGAUGGAGGGAAGCAUGAUUAUGAUUGGCUUCUCACUCCCCCUGGAACCCCUCUGUUUGCCUCAUCAGAUGGACGUGAACCUCAAGGCCCUCAACCAACCACAGCUGUCCCAAGAAGCAGUUCUCUGGCCCGGUCAUCGUCUACCACGAAAGCCUCAAGGCUGUCCGUAUCACAAUCAGAAAGCAGCCAUACCUCGAGACCAGCUAGGAGCAGUUCAGUGACUCGCUCGUCCAUUUCCAGUUCCCAAUAUAGCAACUAUUCCUCAAACAGAUCAUCUUCAAUCCUCAACACAAGUUCUGCUUCAGUCUCAUCCUACAUCAGACCAUCUUCUCCUAUUACCCGCUCUUCAUCUACAGCAAGGCCGUCCACACCAUCUACCCGUUCAUCAAAUUCGCGACCCUCAACUCCUUCAAGAGUCCGUACAGGACCCACAAGCUCUUCCAUUGAGAAACCUCGACCAACCCAAAGCUCUAGACCUUCCACGCCAAGUUCCCGACCACAGAUUCCAGCAAACAUGAGUGUUCCAGCUUCUCGAUCAAAUUCUCGGCCUUCAACUCCUACUCGCAGAAACUCUGCACCAUCGCUGUCUCAAUCAGUAUCAUCGAUUUCAGUUGGACGUGCCCUAUCAAAUGGUCGCACUACUACACCAUCAUCAAGACCAAGUUCUCCUGGCCCACGUCCUAGGCCUCCACCUCAACCUAUUGUUCCCCCAGACUUUCCCCUGGAAACACCCCCAAACCUCAGAACUACCUUGCCAGACAGACCGCUUUCUGCUGGCAGGUCCCGUCCUGGUGCCUCUGUCACCGCAAAGGGGAAUACCGACCCGGCAGGAUCUGCUAAUUUGUCAAGAAGACAGCCCUCACCUAUCGUAACACGAGGAAGGCUCUCAGUUCCAGAGCCAUCCGGAAGAGCUCGUGUCCACUCUCAUGCUGCAGAUCCACCAGAGCAUCGAAAAGCCCCACAUUCCCCAGAAUUGGGGAUGAGAAGGCCCGUCAAGACUCCGACAUCUGCUCCUGAUUCCAAUGGUUUUGGGAGGACUAUCUCAAAGAAGUCGCUAGACAUGGCCAUAAGGCACAUGGACAUAAGAAAUGGCACGGGCAGUCUCCGGGCACUUUCAAAUACCACCCUCUUCCCCCAAAGCAUCCGAUCCACUGGUUCCAAGACACAUUCAUCUCGAUCUCUUAAUGCCUCCGUCAAUGGCAAUGGUAACCACCAAAGCAGCAAUGAUGCGCUAUCAGAAAGUGGAAGCUGGAACGUUAGAUCUCCAGACAAUAGCACUGUGUCAGGUAAUGGGAAUUACUCUGCGAAAUUGACCGAAGUGGACAUCUACGAGAGCUCGAGGUAUGAUGCUAUAUUACUUAAAGAGGAUCUGAAGAACACGAAUUGGCUCCACAGUGUUGAUGAUAAAUCAGAUCAGGGGCUUAUCUUCGAUAAUGGAUUUGAGCCCCUGCCCGAACCCUUUGGCCCCUUAUAGCAGUCGAGAAACGGCUUCUUUCGCUUGAGUGAAUGUUGUUUAUUGGUUGGCAUAUAUUAAACAUUUCUAGUCAGAAAGAAAAAUUACUUAUGUUGACACCGAAUCCUCGGGAAAGUGAGAGGAGAGUAUGUCAUCGGAGGGGUGGGGGCGACCGGAAAUCAUGUGUUUUGCUUUUGGUCCGCUGUACUACUUUUGUUCAUGUCUUUCAGAGGGAAAUGGAUGGUUUCUUCUAUAGCAAUUAUGAGCAUUUUGUGGGCCAAUUUUUUGUCAACUUUCAUGCAUUUUCUUGGAGGAAUUCGAGGCCGCUGCUUUGUUAGACCGUGUCACCAUUUGAUUCCUUGUCACAUCGAUUGGAAUAAUUGCA